AUGGCCACUGAGUCCGGCGGCGAGGAUUCUUGGACCCAGGUCCGCGGUGCUAAGCGCCCGAGUGCCGAAUCACCUCCAAGCAACACCACCACCUCGCCUUCCCAAACUCAUCGUUCUGCAAAACACACGAAACAUGGCAGCGCUCGCCACGACCGUAACCAUGUUUUCCCUGACCCUAUGACCACCCCGCUUCGCCCUCGCGCCCGCCACUCUGCCUUUACCGCCCGUGCCUCGUCUCAUGUGCCCUCGACGUCCCCCGCUGCCGGUGCGACCGAGUCUUCGGCACGUGUCGUCGUGCCCGCGGCCGAGCCAGUGACCAGGACGUCAAACGGCGGCGGGGAGCAACAUCCCAUCAUCGGAAACACUUCCAAUGCUUCUCCUCGCACCCCUCGCACGCCAUCCAGCCCUCGCUCCUUUGCUCAAGUUGCUGCGGCAAUGCCUGCCGCCGCCACUGCCACAUCUUUGGCCCCUGUGACCGAGGAUUUGUCAGCAUCGGUGCCCUCUGAGCCAAAUGGCAGCGGGGAGCAGCAACCCUCGCCCGAGUCCGCGAGACAGACACAUCAUUCGAUUCCUAACACACCAUCGGAUUUUUUGACCAUGUCUUCGGACGAAAGCGACUCCCCUCCUCGCUCCACCGCACUCCGCGCGCCCACCCCUAUCGCCCCUCCCGCGCAUGAUGGUGACGGUGACACAAACGGCAGUGCCACGCCUGAGCCAUUGGUGCAAUCACCUACACCCGCUCAAAUGGUGCUGCCAGAUCCAUCGGAUACACAGCAAACCCAUUCCGAUCCCUCUCCGCCCUCGGCUUCACCCCCUGCCACUGCUUGCCCGCUGCCAUUUCACAUCCUGUCGAACACAGUGAGCAUGCAAACUCAGCCCCACUUGGCGAACGAUCCUGCUCCGCCCAUCGCUGCCAACGUGCUGGAUGCCCAGCGCAAGGUCCUGCUGAAGACAUCUGGCCACAGGCAACUCCUCGCCUGCCCAUUUGGGCUUUGCAAAUGCAAGGGGCCCCGCCUUGACCGCAAAGCCUGGGUCAAUCAUGUACUACGCGAGCACCCCUACGACGAGCAAGCCACUGAUCUGGUCAAGCAGGUGAUGGAGGCCAAAUUGGUCGCCCAGUGCAACAAGUGUCACCUCUUCUUCGAAGCUGCUGGUAUCAGUCAACACCGCUCCCGAUGUGGUGCCAAUCUGAAGCGAGCGACCGAGGCGUUGUUUCAUGCGGCUGGACACGACCUGCUUGAGAUUAUGCCACUUUGGCGGUGUCUGCCUGCGCUCGUCUGUGUAGGGUCUCGCGUCAGUGUCUGUGAGCUGCUCAAGCUCGCCCGGCAUCCACUGAUGCAGCGCAGCCGCUACCCAUCCAACGCCACCGAGACCAAGCUGAUGGCUGCCACCUUGAGCCAGCUGUAUUGGUCUGCCGUCCACUCGGACUAUACCGCUGAAGAGCGAGAGAUGUGCUGGACUUUGAUUUUGGCCUUGCCUAGCAUGUUGUUGUCUGCUCCCUCGACCGCACUCUCUACGAUUGACCUGCGCAAUAUGUUUCACGAUCGUCUCCGUUGGCUUGUGACGGGGCAACUAGGUCGGGUCGUGGACGCCAUGCGCAAGGCAGUCGCACGCAAGCAGAGCCGUCGAGGACAGCUGAACGCCGGCGCGGGCGCCCACCCGAACGACGCAGUCGACCAGAGCCUCAGGUCGCUCGUCCGCGACCCGGACCUGGCGGACGAAGCCUGGGCAAACCACGUCACGAACCGUCUGAACCGAGGUCAGAUUGCCAAAGCAUUUGAUGCCGACAAGGCUCGUGCCGUGAUUGGUAAUUCUGAGGUUCAGGCCGUGCGCGACCUCCUGGUACCGCCCGGGCUGACCCCGUACAUUGCUUCAACACCCGCCUCCACGUCUACACUGGCACCAGCCACGGCUGCGAGCUCCCCAACCGUGUCCUUCACCAAGGGUGAGCUCCCCAAGGCGUUGGCGGCCACCAAGGGCGUCACUGACCCCUAUGGUUGGUCUGGUGAGCUUCUUGCCUCCAUCUACCGCAUCAAGGAGCACUUCAGUCAAGUCUUGGGCCCACGCCAGGGUCCUACCAGCGAUUUGACUGCUCCUUCUGAUGGAGACGCGCCUCAGGGCCCCACCACCGCCACUGGAGGUCCUCAGGUUGCCUUGAACAAGAUCUUUCACCACAUUGCCAACAACACCGUGCCCGAGUCGAUUCGACAUGCCCUUUGCUCCAUCAACUACACUAUCCUGGAGAAAGCCAAUGGCAAGUUUCGACCCGUGGGCACGGAUUCCAUCUUCAACAAGGUUGUCAACCGCGCUCUGCUCGAGCAACAGCAGCCCCAUAUUGCCCACUUGCUACAGGCCAGUCCAGAGCUGGCCGUCGGAGUCAAGGACGGCAUUUCAGCAGCGGUUGGCAUGGCCUUUGGUGAGCUUCAAGCCUGUGAGUCUACCCCGGGCUGGACCAUGCUCUCCCUCGAUUUCAAGAGUGCCUUCAACUACACCGACCGAGCACGGCUACACGAGAUUGUGGCCGACAAGGUUCCUGGCCUCUUGCGCGCCUUUGAACGACACUAUGCUCGACCCACUACCCACUGCAUUGUCGACAAAUUCUUCAAGGUGAUUGACAUUGAUGUUGGCCAAGGCAUUGUGCAGGGCAACGAGCUAUCGCCCUUCUUCUUUGCCCUGUACUCCUGUGAGGUCCUGGGUCUCCUCGACGCCACCACUGACUACCGCUGCAAGCCCAGUAAGAGCCGCUUCUACAUGCCUUGCCACCAUUCGGCUUCCAUCACUGCUAUCAAGUCUGUAUUGCCAGAUGCCGUGCGCGAGACGGCCAACACGGGCAUGACGGUCUUGGGAACGCCGAUUGGCCGUCGCGAGUGGAUGAAGAAGCAGCUGAACGACAAGGCAAAGCACAUCUCUGGCAAGCUCAAUGACAUGCUGACGACCGGUGUCUCGCUUCAGGCCCUCCUCACGGCCAUGCAGUACGUGCCUAGCCUCAUCAACCACCUCUACACGCUGCCCCCAAGUCUGACGUCGGGCUUGUCCGAGCUCUUGAACCGUGCUUGCAAGGACACCUUUGUCAAAGCCUUUUUUGCCAAGGUAAACCUGUCUGCACCGGCUGGAGCUGAAGGUCAUGACGUUACGCUGGAACAGCUCCUUGAGGCUCGCCUCUUCACACGGGCCAACACCGGGGGCUUUGGCCUGCACGACUUGGUUGAGCGCGGUCCGGUGGCUUAUGUCUGCAACAUGGCCAAGCUGGCCACUCGCUACCCUCGGGUCUACGAUCGACUCUUGGAGGAUACAUCGAGGGCUGACGACUUUGAGGCCCACGUGCAGCGAGCCGGCUUCCAGAUGGCCACGGUCAAGGACGCGGCGACCCAGCGACCAGCGGAGAACAUUGCCCUUCGCUCCAAGGCGGCACUGGACGACCUGAUGGCCAAGUGCGCGCUGGACCUGCAGCAGGCAUAUCUGGCCUCACGCGAGUGGGGCGUCAGCACUGUCUUGACCAUGCGGGGUCGAGACAAGUUGCGUCGCUUGAGCGACACGACCUUUGCCAUUGCGGUCGUGUCCAUGAUGGGUUUUGGCCUCCAUGAACUCAUCAACGUCAAGCCGACGGACAAGUGCCCGCUCUGCAGCAGCAAGACACCUCUAUUAGAGGCACAAUCUGAGACGCGAGUCACUCGUAGCCGUGGCGCUGUGCAAAGCGCUGCUCGCGCUGCUGCCACCAGAAAUUUUGAGGCUCACACCGACCUCACGCGCGACUUCCAGCACGAAGAAGAUCAUGCCGAACCCGACGCUCUCGAUUGCUUGGUCAACGAGCAUGAGGAAGAGGAAAGGCCGAAAAUGGCCGCCACCGGGUCGCACCCGGCCACGCCUUCGACAGGAGCCGCUCCCGUCGAGGCUACCGCGAGCGCUUCUCGCCAUGCCGCAAGCGCCGCCGCCACAUCAGCCGCCGCCGCGGGCCCUGGAUCCCCCCGCAACAAUGACGCCGCCGUGGCCCAGCGACACAACGCCCUUCGCGACGAGAUGGGCCGCCUGCUCAGGUACGCCACCCUCUCCCAUGUCUGGGUGGAAAAGUCUGGCUACAACGCCAACGGUCAGAGCUGCCGCAUCGACCUGCACUGCCGCAACCCUUUUCCCGGCGGUGCUCUGGGCCCAGCUCUGCCCGACCUGGGCAUUGACGUGACUGUGCGCACAGCCCAACCCCCGACCACCUCGCAAGCCUGCAUCAAGGUGGGCGCUGCCCUUCGCCGAGCCGAAAAGGAGAAGCGCGACUACUACACCGGUUUCAACCAUGGAAAAACUCUGAUCGUCCCUGCGGCGAUGACGACAACCGGUGGGUUCGCCUCCUCCUUUGUGGAUCUGCUUGGUCAGCUCGCCCGCUGCGCCGAGGCCCGUGGUGUGUACCAGCCGGGGCUGGAUGAGGCCUUUGUUCCUCGGUGGAAGGGUCGCUUUGCGGCGCUGGUCCAUCAGAUGAACGCUGACCACAUCCAGCGCCACUUUGGCGGUGUCUGCCUGCGCUUGUCGGGAGCGAAGCGGGCCAAACAUGUCAGAAGCGACCAGUUCACCAGGCAUGCGGGGCGUGCGGUCGCGAUCAAAGCCAGCCAGAGCAAGGCGCUUAGCUUUGAAGAGGUUGCAAUCGUUGCAGUUGAGGAUGGCCUUGACGUCCGAGGUGUCUUCAACUUGCUGCAGCAUGGAGCGCAAAACCUCGCGCGGCGGGUGGCCAAGAAGACGAUGCAUCUGCGAAGCAGACACAACAUGGGCAUGCUGUUGUUGCUGGUGGUGGUGCUGGUGGUGCAGGUGGUGAGCUGGGAGAAAAGAAAAGAAAAACAAGCCACCACUGGCUGCAUCACGUGGUGCAGACCAAGUGACAUCAGCAUCACUCAACAAAAAUGUAGACGAGUCAGACAAGGACACGACAAAACCAGCAUCAACAAGGGCAGAAAGCGAGACAAUGUUGUGAGAAAAAGAAGGCACAUAAAAGCAACGAUCAAGAACGAUGGGGCGCAAGACACCAUCAACAUCAGUCACGAGCAAAGACACGGAGCCGACGGCUUGAGCAGCCGUCACGCCGUUGGCAGUCACAAUGGUCUCAGAGCUUGGAGCAAGGUCACGAAAUAA